GUGUAUAUAUAUAAAAUUGUAUAAAUUAAUGAUGAAGGUGUAUUUAUUGAGAGGUUAUUUCAAAAAAAAAAGAAAAGAAAUGUCGGAUAAAAAGAUAUUUUGUCUUGAACACUUGUAUCAUUAACAAGUAGUAUAAGAAUAUUGUAUGUGCAUUUGCAAUGACGUUUAAUAUAUAUAUAUAUCAUCAAAAUGUCAUUUGUAAUAAAGUUUCAUAAAAUAUCAAUGACAUUUGCAAUGACAUUAAAUUGCAAUAUAAACUUGUUAAUGAUCAUUUACUUAGUUUAACUAUAAUUUUAACAUGUUAUCACUUCAAUAGUACAUUUAUCAUUCAAUAUACUUUGAUGUGUAUGUACACUCAGAUACAAUGAAUCUGAAAGUAUAUAUAUAUAUAUAGAUAUAUAACAAAUUGUACUAUUACAUUUUCAUUUAUGGAAGUUACUUGAGGCAGACGCAAUGAGUUUUUUAGUGCAUAUUGUAUUAUUUUUAUGUGCAAUUAAUUUAAAGUAUAGUGUAGGUGUACAAAAUAAAUUAGGAUGUAGAGAUCAUAAAAAUAAGAUUGUUGAUUGGUAUGUGCUGUAUAAAAUUCCAAAAUUGGCACAUAGCAGUAAUCCAUUAAUAAGAAAUGGUUCCGCUUAUAUGUAUAUAUCUAAUAAUACCGUAGACAAAGGAUGGGAAUUGUCUACCAAAGAUAUAGGAGAUCAAAAUUCAAUGCCUGGGAAAACCUUGGCUUCACUCUACAAUGAUAAAAUAGCUAAAAAUUUAUUAUGGAUUUUAUAUAACGAUGAUCCACCAAACAGUUCGGUAGUUGGAAAAUAUGGUCAUGCGAAAGGUGUAGUGGCCACUGAUAAAGAUCAAGGAUUUUGGAUGAUACACAGUGUUCCAAAUUUUCCACCAAUGCCUAAUUUAGGGACUAGUACAAAACGUAGAAUUAGAACUACUACAUUGUCUGUUGAUGAUUUUUCACCUGAUUCUGAGUAUAGUUAUCCAUCAUCAGGACAUGUUCGUGGACAGAGUUUUUUAUGCAUUUCUCUUAAAUCAAAUCAAUUAAAUACAGUUGGACGUCAAUUAAUGUACAAUCAAAUUAUAGUUUAUAGAAAAAAUCUUCCAGCAAAAUUAACUUAUCAAUAUCCUGAUCUUGCUAAUGCUGCUAAUCAGAUUCGUUUUAAAAAUCCUCCCUAUAAUAACAAAGAAAUUAUUAAGUCAUCAAGUUCUGUCGAAUUUAUUUCAUUUGCUAAAUCUGACAAAUGGCAACAUGAUCUUUACAGUGACUUUGUAGCUCCACAAUUGAGAAGUAGUUUAUUUGUUGAGACAUAUUUGAAUGGACCAGGAAAAUUACAAUCCAAAUGCCAGGGACUAGAGGUGCAUAAUAUUAGAUCAGUGAAACUACAGACAGCAGAUGUUCAGUUUACAAGUUCACAAGAUCAUUCUAAGUGGGUUGUUGCAAUAGAUAAUAAAAAUAAUAAAUCUUGGGUUUGCGUUGGAGACAUCAAUAGAGCCGAUACUCAGUAUUAUCGUGGUGGUGGUACAGUUUGUUUGAACUUGUUUCAUCUUUGGAAAAAUUACCGCGAUUCUGUUAAUGACGUUGAACCAUGUCCUUUAUAUUAACAAAACUAAAACUUGAUAUUUUGGAAAUAUUGUUAAGUAUAUACAGUUUUUAAAUCAAAUGGCAAUAUUACUAACACUGUAAAAUACUAAUACGCAAUAUAUAUCAGAAAAUAUAAAUAUCGUCGAUAAGGUUGUACUCUACCUUUCCAAUCGUAAUCUAUACAGAUAUCAUUUUUAUGUUUAA